CGAACCAUCCAGAUAUCAUUACCCGCCACACUAUAUAUAAUCCCAUGUUCCGCAUCGUGGAACUACCUCAUCCCUCUCUGAAUCCACACCAUGCCAGACGCACCAGAAGUAAAGGCCACCUCAAACGGCAUUCCUUCUCCAAGCUUCCACUUGCCACUACCUGAUAGACCUGACAUCAUCACCGCCAACGUUCAAAAGCUCACAGAAUUAACACCCAAUCCACGUCACAGAUUCAUAUUCAAGGCGCUGAUCAAGCACCUACACCAAUUCGUCAAUGAGACCAGUCUAACAACAGACGAAUGGAUGGCAGCCAUUGAUUUCUUGACCCGCACUGGACAAAAGUGCACACCACUACGUCAAGAAACCAUUCUACUAUCAGAUAUCCUAGGUGUUUCUGCCCUCGUCGACUCCCUAAAUAACCCUGUUGUGGGAGGGGCAACCGAGAACAGCAUCCUGGGUCCAUUCUUCACCGAGGACGCUGCAGAUGUGGGCUUUGGUGAAUCGAUUGCGUCUGAAGGAAAAGGAGAUUAUAUGUAUGUCGAAGGUCGGGUUUUGACCACUGACGGGAAGCCAAUCCCUGACGCUGUCAUUGACACUUGGGAGACCGAUGACCAUGGAUUUUAUGACACGCAAUACACAGACCGCUCUCAUCCCGACUGCAGAGGUCGCCUGCGCUCCGACAAAGAUGGUAAAUUUGGAUAUCGCGCUGUGGUCCCAGUAGCAUACCCAGUUCCUGGAGACGGUCCUGUUGGCGAACUUCUUCUCCUCCUUGGUCGGCAUAACAUGCGUCCAAAUCAUUUACACAUGAUGGUCGAAGCCCCUGGUUUCCACAAGCUAGUUACGGCAUUUUAUCCAGAGGGCUGUGAGUAUCUCAGAAGCGAUUGCGUCUUCGGUGUCAAGAAAUCAUUGGUAGUGAACUUGAAGGAUGUUGUAGACGACGAGGAAAGUCGUAAACGCGGAUUUCCUCGUGGUGGCUCAUUCAAGUUAUUGCAAUAUGAUCUUGUAUUACUCACGGAAGAGCAGUCUGUCACGAUGCGUACUGGCGUGGAGGAACGUUACACGACCCUUGGAGAUCAUAAAAGUACUAAAUCAUAAUAAACUUGAUAAGUCAUCAUCAUGUAUUUCAUAUUCCUCUCUUGCUUAGUCACGUAAUACCAAACUACCGCCGUCGGACGAUUCCUUG